CGCAGAAGAGACAGCCACGAAACCCUAGCCGUAAUCCCCUUAUAAAGCCUUCGAUCACUGCAGUCUUCAACGGCUCUGCGCUACCCGGCGGCAUAGCUCCACUCUGUGUCGAUCGAAAGUUGGCUUUGAAAAUUGUCCGCUCAAAGCCAUGUUUAUGACCAGAUUUGUUGGGAGGAUACUCUUAGCUGCAAAAUCUGAAAAUUCUGCAGCCUCCACAGCUGCUGCUUCUACAGCAACAUUAUUACGAAACCCUCUCGAGGAGUUGUUUGAGAAGGAUAGGAGUCCUGAAGAUGAAAAACCUGUUUAUGGUCGAAGUUGGAAGGCAUCAGAACUGCGACUAAAGUCUUGGGAUGAUUUAAACAAGCUGUGGUAUGUUCUGUUGAAGGAGAAAAACAUGUUGAUGACUCAGAGGCAGAUGCUUCAAGCUCAAAACCUUCGAUUCCCUAAUCCAGAGCGCAUUCCCAAGGUGAGGAAGUCCAUGUGCCGCAUCAAGCAUGUUCUUACGGAAAGGGCAAUUGAUGAGGCGGAUCCCAGGAGGUCUGCUGAUAUGAAGAGAAUGAUAAAUGCAUUAUGAAGAGAUGGUAAAUGCAAUAUGAUGGUUCCAACUUGCUUUGUUCCAUUUGGUUUGGCAUUGAGAUAUUUAUGUUGCAUUCUUGAAGUAACUCACUGACAAUUGUCCAUGGGAUGUAUGGAAGGUCAAGUUUUGACUAGAAUUGUAGUUUGUACAUAUGUGUCUUGGAAAUAAAGUUCAGAGCUGCUUGUGUUGUGUAUUACACAAGUACACAUGCAGUUCGUGUCCAUAA